GAGUCGUCCCACAACAUCCGAUUCCAGAUUGCCAUUAUGCCCAUGGACUUUGAGCUCCGCCUGUCCAAUACGGACCCGACAGAACGGCGGCGCUUGCGGAACCGCCUCGCUCAGCGCAAGUUUCGCCUCAAGAAAGCUGCCGACCGCGCUCAGCCAGCUGUAACUCUACAGCCCGCGCCACAACCCGCGACGCACGCUCACAACCUCAUUUCUUCCAGCGAAUCUAUACUCUCGACUCCGCACGACCCUAGUACAAGCCACGUUGUCUUGGACUCCAAUGAUGCAAUGGAGAGUUUUCUGCCGGAUGUCGGUGUCCCGAUGAUGCAGCCAGGGUUCGGACCCGCUUUCGACUUCAGCUUGCCUGAACAUAACAGUGGCGACUUGGAAAAGGGCGCAGCCUUGCCUCCACCGCAAGAUCAGGUGCUCUAUGAGUCCCAGCCUGACAGUUCACUCCGGAUCCUGUCAACGGCACCGCCAAGCGAAGCACUCGAUGGAUGGAUCGGCACACUGCAUAUCGCAGCGCAGCGGGGUAACGAGGGGAUCAUGCGGAUGUUGCUACAGAAGGGCAAAGUCGACUGCAACGAGCAGGACAGCGACGGGCGGACGCCGCUCAUGUACGCUGUCAUCGAAGGGCACGAGGCGAUGGUGCGGGCGCUGCUGGCACACGGCGCUCGCGUCGGCGACGUGGAUCGUGACCGACGGUCGGCGCUGCAUCUCGCCAUCUUGCAUCGACGCGAGAGUGUGCUGCGCGUGCUCUUGAGCCAUGACGAGCCGGGUUUAGACCUGGAUGCGUAUGAUGUCGCCGGGUGGACGGCGCUACACAUGGCGGUAGAGCGUGACUUUGCGGCGGCGGUAGAGCUACUGUUGCAGAAUGGCGCGAACUUGGAUACAAAGGCAAGAAAAUGUCACUUGAUGGGGAAAGGAGCCGUAUAGCAUGCGAAGGGAUGAGGGGGACAUUCGCUUGAAUUACUAACAUUGAGAUAAUAUGACAAAAAUAUCCAUCUCUGAUCAACACACGACCUAGGCCAUAUAAUAUAUCAUCAAUACGCCUGUCACACUACAAGUCCCCUCACUGCUGCUUGGAGCACUAAAGCACGGACGCUGCACAACUAUCCCGGUGCCUUCAGUAUAGAUGACAUUCCCCGGACCGGAAGGAUCGCCAUUUUGCCAGGAACACCGGAACCCCCCGGGCGGCAGACUAAAGCCGAAGCUCCCGACUAGAACCUAGUUAGACUAUAGCGAGCCAGAUAUAUUGUUCUGCUUAAAGAGCGUUUCCGGGUCGCCGUUGCAGGGGUUGGUCUGGU